AUGAAUAGAGAAACGUCCAAAUCGCCCACUCCAGGCUCCGGAUGGAACCUAGCCAAACUCUCCAAGGACGAUUUGACCAGAAGAGACCUCUUUGGCCGAACCAUUCUCCAUUUGCUUAUUCUUCUGAGCCGUCAUGACUUGAUCCGCAAUCUCAUCAAGAACCCCGACAUCAAACUGGUGAUCCUGUUGACUGACUACGAGAACGGCUGGAACUGUCUUCAUUAUGCCAUCUUCCACAAACGGCUCACUUGCUUCAAGAUGUUGAUAGAAUACUUCAAAAACUCCAGUGCAAAGCUGAAUAUGCUCAUAGCCAACAACACCGUUCUCUAUGACUUGCUCCGAUGCAAAGAUCGAAACGGAGCAACACCUAUCCAGUUGCUUGAUAAUGAUUUCAAGGACUUGGUCUGGAUUCCACUGUAUAUCAAUGAGAAAAAUGAGUACCACUUGACCCAGGCAAAUUCUCAAGAAAAUGCAAAUGAAGCUAACGAAAUAGAAUCUUCCAAUGCAGAACCUACCAAUGCUUUUGUACGAUCAGAUCCUUACGAAUGGACUCAUAGCAGAGGUGGAUCAGAGAUCUACAUGUUUGGUUCCAACAACAACAAUCAGCUUGGAGUAGGGGAUUCGACCAAUCGAUCUGUACCUUCUAGAUUGGCACAUUCUGCUUUCAAAUCGAAAAAAGAAGAGAUCACAGCUCAAGACACAUAUCGUAAACCAAGAUAUAAGCAAGUAGCACUAUCUAAGAAUCACUCACUUAUCGUCACCAGAGAUGGAGAACUCUUCUCUUGCGGUAUAGGUUCGCGUGGCAGAUUGGGACACGGCUUUGAAGACUUGAACAACUACUAUAGGUUCAAAAAAGUAGAAUUCUUCAGCGAUGAAUAUGAAACAAAGCAUGUAAAAGAAGUGGCCAUCUCAAACAAUCACUCUCUAGUGCUUACUUCCGAUAAUGAAGUAUACUCUUGGGGACUCAAUAGUUUCAAACAACUUGGAUAUGAAUCGAAUAACAAUGCCAACUACAACCAGAAGAAAGGCUUUCUUGAAACAUUUGAAGCGAACCCAACUCUUGUCUUAGGAGACUUACGCAAGUACUCGAAGCCGAUAAUCGGUAUUUCAGUCUCAAAGGUCCAUUCCGUCGCAUAUUCCAAAAAUGAGCUCUUUUUUUGGGGCCUUAACGUGGGCCAAAUGGGGAUACCCGCUUCAGACAGCAAUAUUGAAGUCAAACUCCAUGAUACAGUUUUCAAGGGAGAGAUCCAGGGUACACCCAAGAUGGUUCUGUUGAAGGAUGACAUCAAAUGUCUAGACACUACGGAAUUGUGCACUUGGUUGGUUACUGAUAAAAAUGACAUUCAUGUCUACUACAAUUACCAACACUUCAAGUUGCCAAAAGUCCCAGUCAAGGCUUCAAGCGAUAAACAUUUUGACUUGUUCAAACCGACCAUACUCACCCAGGUUGUGAAAAUCAAAAAGAUUGUAAGCAUGAAUCACGAAUUCUGUUCUCUACUUCUUGAAAAUGGCAGCGUCAUGACUUGCACACCCAACAUCAGAGAUAUUAAGAAUACCAAGUUCACUUCGGUAUGGAAAGCUUAUGACCACGAUAUGGUGGUAACAGAUAUCGAUGUUUCAAAUGAUGGUUCCAUCGUGUUGUGUACCAGAAAUGGAUCUGUUUUCAUCAAAUCGAGUCAUUCCAACCAAAGAAAGAAUUCGAUGUCGGAAGCUUCUCUUCCUAUUCCUGUAACAAAGAAUAAGUUUAAGAAGAUCGACAAUCUCAACAAAGUAGUUCGAGUUUGCUGUGAUUUCAACUUUCUUUCUUUUGGUUUUGUGCGAGACGACGUAGAUGUAUUUCCGUUAAAAUUGCAGAAGAACGACUUCUUCAAGGAUAUCAACUAUCUCAGUUGUUUACACGAGAGCGAUUUUUCAAGAAAACAGGAACAGUUGUUGAAGGUCGACCAUAAGUUCCAUACAUACAUUUCCAACUUCAUCUAUCCUGAUUCCUCUGUUGAAGACGUCGAUAAUGAUGGAGAGUGCUCAAAAAGCUGCUCAAGGUAUCAUGCUAAAUUUGACUCCAGCAAGAAUAAAAGACCAAAAGUGGAGGAAACUCUUGAUCUUAUAUCUGAUUCUGAUGACCAGCAGCUUGCUAAUUCGGUAAUCCUUGAAGGCGGUGUUCUCUGUGGCGACUUCAGUGACGAAGCCUUUCUGGAAAGUAACAAGGGUUAUGAUUGUAAAAUCACAUUUGCGCAGUAUAAAGGUAUCAGUUUGGGUAUUCACAAGAAAAUCUUUGAAGUCAGAUCAAAAGUAUUUGAAAGGAUUUUCAACCCCAAGGAAGUCGAUGAGUUAUUCGAGCACGGAAACUUUGUAUCCAAGUACAAUUCAGGAAAUAGUGUACUCCAUAUUGAAUCAAAAAUCGAGAUUGAAUCGGUCUUGUUGUUAAUUCAUCUGAUAUACACCAGCAAAACUUUGGACCUCUGGAAGAACUACCUGUCCAUGCACAGUUAUCCCUCACAUUUAAAGAAGAUAUUUAGUGAGUAUACUAUGCUAUUGGACAUUUUUAAAGUAUCCAAUUCCUUUAAGGCUGCUCAUGGAUGUAGCGAAUUGUUGAAAACUUUCCAGAAGAUGAUCGACAACUCUGGAGACGUUAUCAUCAGGCUUAAUGACGGAGAAAUGAGAUGUCAUUCGUACAUUUUGAGGACUAGAUCAGCCUUUUUUGAAACAGUUUUAUCUCCUCGUUGGGAUACUAUGGAGAAUAAAGAACUUGACUUCAGUGGACUCUCUCGAGCCCAGUUUUCAGUCAUAUUGAAACAUCUCUAUGGGUACAAUGACUAUGCGGUUUUUGAUAGCAUGAAGCUUUCUUUUUCCGAGUCAGACGAGUUUGUAAACGAGUUAUUGGAGAUGAUCGAGAUCGCAGACGAGUUGCUCUUAUUCCAAUUAAAGGCUCUUUGCCAAGUUGUCAUCUCUGAUUUCAUUUCUCUCGACAACGUUAUCCUCUUGUUAGUACAUGCUGACUACUUAUCGGCUCCAAAGUUGUUCAAAAACUGUUGCUGGUACAUCCAUAACAAUCUUGAAAUACUUUUGUUUGACACUUCGUUUAAAGACUUGCCAUUGGAGAUUAUCGAGAAACUCGAGAGCCAAAUCAAGUACUUUGAAAACUGCAAGAUUCUUGACUUUGCCAACGAGAAGGGAGACUAUCUUAUCAACUUGUACAUGAACAACAUGCCUUUGUUCAACGAAUUCUUCAUCAGUGACCGUAAAGGAUUCAUGGCUUUUGAGCCAUUGAUAGAUGUCAAAUAUGAAAAUAAGAAGAUUGCUAAAGACGCUGCUGCGAAAAGGAGAAAGUCACGAAAGAGCUCAAACGUUGUCAGCAGUGAAAUUAACGACUUCAGAACCAACAUAUCUCCUAAAGAAAAGGAAAAUUUGGAAAAAUGGCAGGCUAUCGAUGAUAGUCAUGAUUCUUCAGGUGAGUUUGAGUUGGUGAUCAACCGUUCGAGGCAAAAGAAAGUUGAUUUCAGUAGUCCCUCGCCGACUCCACCCAACUCGAAUCCUACUUCUAGAACUUCGUCAGUUAGUAAUGUCAGUCAAAUUAUUCCUAAGGCUGCAAUUACUACGACUAAACCAGUUGCUAUUCCAGUACCUUCUAAAACUGUGAUGACUGGAUUGAGUCCUUAUUCCAAUUGGGCAUCAAAGUCUUCUGGCUCUUCUAUUCUUAGCGAUAGAUUCCAACAGCCUAGUUUAGGUAAAUCCGUAGAAUCUGGAAGUUCUCCAGAAUGGCCAAAAAAAACUAGCAAAGUCAAAAUCGGUCCGGUAAUGAAGUUGUCUCAAAAGGAAAGAAAGAAGAUGGCGGCUGCGGCUGCAGCAGCUGAACUUAAGGAAGUGAAUGUACCCAAGAAAGAAACUAGUUCACCUGUGAAUCCAUGGGGCUUAUUGCCUACAACCCCAAUUGUACCUACUUCUACUGCUGAAUCUGUUAAGGUGCUUCCAAUAUUAGGAAGUAGCAACUCUUCAAAUCAAGACAAGGCAAGUUCGAAAAAGAAGUCAAACAAAACUACCACUGAAACAUCUACCGCAACCCUGAACGUAAAUUCCUUACCGUUGGCUAGUGCUCUUUCCUCUUCUUGCACUCUAAAUUCCAGUACAUCGUAUAAUAGCGUGUACUCGACUCCAUCGCUUACAGAGGUAAUGAUCGAAGAAUCUCUAAGAGUCGAACGGGAAAAGUUGCAGGAGUCAGAACGCAAAACCUUGGCCGAGGUUCAGAAGGAGCAGGAAUUCGCGAAAUGGUGGGAAGAAGAGUCUUUAAGAGUUCAGAAACAGAUGUCUAUGGACAGCGGUAGUAGUAAUAACAAAUCCAAGCCCAAA